AUGGCCGACCUUCCGGCGCAGCCCAACCUGCGCGUUACCAGUUUCCCCGAUCCCUUUGCCGUAGCCACUAUCAAUGGCGAACAAACAAAGACGACCGGCGUCAUCAAGAAGACGCUCAAUCCAUACUGGAAUGAGAGCUUUGACAUCAUUCUCGCCGUUCAAAUAUUCGACCAGAAGAAGUUCAAGAAGAAGGACCAGGGCUUCCUUGGUGUUGUCAAUGUCCGUGUUGGCAGUGUCAUCGACCUGGACGCUGGUGGUGAUGAAAUGCUUACACGCGACCUUCGCAAGAGCAACGACAAUCUCGUCGUUAACGGCAAGCUGAUCCUCAACCUAUCGACCAACAUGCGUCCAGCCGCAACUCCUGCCGCCGCCGCAACUCCCGCUAGACCUAACGGUGCCGCCUCAUCAACCACUCUGGACAACCCUCCUCCGGCCAGCGCCUCGCGCCAGGCCAGCACUUCGGACGCAUCGGCUCCACGUACUGCCGGCUUCAGUGCCUUCGAAGAUUCUCAAGGCCGUUUACCUCCAGGGUGGGAGCGAAGAGAAGACAACCUCGGACGUACAUACUACGUCGACCACAAUUCCAGGCAAACCACGUGGGUCCGCCCGACGGCCAAUUUCAAUGCUGGCGAACAGCGCCAGGCCAACGAGGCAGAGACGCAGGCCCAGCGUGCGCGACACCAGAAUCGCAUGUUGCCUGACGAUCGCACAGGUGCCAGCUCACCAACCCUAUCGGGUGGUCAGAACUCGCCUCCCAAUGGUCCUGCCGCAACUUCUAACCCACAGGCAAUGUCAAUGAUGGCUACUGGCACUACCACUGCUGGUACUGGCGAGUUGCCUGCUGGAUGGGAACAACGUCAUACGCCGGAAGGUCGCGCCUACUUUGUCGACCACAACACACGCACUACUACAUGGGUCGACCCCAGGAGGCAACAGUACAUUCGCAUGUACGGCCAGAACGCUGCUCAAGGAACCAUUCAGCAGCAGCCGGUUUCACAGCUUGGUCCUCUUCCCAGUGGAUGGGAAAUGCGCCUCACCAACACCGCUCGCGUCUACUUUGUCGACCACAACACCAAAACCACCACCUGGGACGAUCCUCGCUUGCCUUCUUCGCUUGACCAGAACGUACCGCAGUACAAGCGUGACUUCAGAAGGAAGCUUAUCUACUUCCGCUCUCAACCAGCACUCCGCAUCUUGUCAGGACAAUGUCAUGUUAAGGUCCGACGUUCUCAUAUCUUUGAAGACUCAUAUGCCGAGAUUAUGCGUCAAAGUCCUAGUGAUUUGAAGAAACGACUAAUGAUCAAGUUCGACGGUGAGGAUGGUCUCGAUUACGGUGGUCUGUCCAGAGAGUUCUUCUUCCUUCUGUCUCACGAGAUGUUCAACCCCUUCUACUGUUUGUUCGAGUACUCAGCCAUCGACAACUACACGCUACAGAUCAACCCUCACUCCGGUAUCAACCCAGAGCAUCUUGGUUACUUCAAGUUCAUUGGACGUGUUGUCGGUCUGGCCAUCUUCCACAGACGCUUCUUGGAUGCCUUCUUCAUUGGGGCUUUCUACAAGAUGAUUCUUCGCAAGAAGGUCAGUCUUGCAGAUAUGGAGGGUGUCGAUGCAGACUUCUACCGCACCUUGAGCUGGACACUUGACAACUCUGUUGAGAACGUCAUUUUCGAGCACUUCUGUGUCGAGGAUGAAGUCUUCGGCGAGAAGGUGACUAUUGACCUCAAGCCUGGCGGUAGAGAUAUCGAAGUCACCGACGACAACAAGAGAGAAUAUGUCGAAAUUCAGAAACGUGUCGAGGAGCAGUUCAACGCCUUCAUUCAAGGAUUCCACGAGCUCAUUCCAUCAGACCUCGUCAACGUCUUUGACGAGCGCGAGCUGGAGCUCUUAAUCGGUGGUAUCUCUGAAAUCGAUGUCGAUGACUGGGCCAAGAACACCGACUACCGUGGCUAUGAUGAGAAGGAUCCCGUCAUUCAAAACUUCUGGAAGCAAAAAUCUCGUCUACUGCAGUUCGCAACUGGUACCUCCCGUAUUCCUGUCAACGGUUUCAAGGAUCUGCAAGGAAGCGAGGAGGGUCAAUUGCCCAAGUCGCAUACUUGUUUCAACCGUCUCGACUUGCCGCCAUACAAGACAUACGAAGCACUCAACGCCAAGUUGCUAUGGGCCGUCGAGGAGACGGUCGGCUUCGGACAGGAGUAG